CCGCUAUAUUUUUUUUGAUAAACAAUAGAUUGACAUAAUUUGACAGUGACGGUAACAUCAUCAUGCUAAUUGAAAGGUGUAACAAAAUUUUAAGAACCUGAAUAAUACUAAUAUAGUAAUAAAUGGCUGUCAAUAAUCAAGUGGUGCGCGCAGAUUUUGAUCGGAAUAAAUGCCAUGUUGUGUUCAUGCACAAUAAAUUGCGAAGGCGAAAAGAUGAUCGAUACAUUGUCGAUCUUGCAAACGGGCUUAAAGAUCACGGCCAUAAAGUAACGAUUUUAACUACGGAGGUUGAUAGAAAUAAUUGUUUUCCAGAACUAUUGCCAAAUAAAGGUGACAUCGAUGUGAAAUUUUCAGCAAGUUACAUCCCAAGAAAUUGGUAUUGCUUGAAAGCCAUCAUCAUGGCCAUUAGAUUAUGCAUAUUCCCUCCGAAACCCACCCCGAAAGUAAUCGUGUGUGAUACAAACGCAAUCGCUUUAUUUAUUUUAUCGAAACUAUCUAGUUACAAAACGAUUUUAUUGGCUCACUUCUCCGCUAUACAAUCAUUGGACUUAUUUUCCAAUUAUUUGAAGGUAACGCCAGAUUUAUUAACUGUGAUGAGUAUAACGCAUGCCAAUGAAAUAGUGGUACAAAGUGAAUGUUUGGGCGAUAUAUUUCGAAGAUCCUUUCCAAAUUAUAAUCGCGACCUCACAUUUAUUAGCCCUUGCGUAGAUACGGGUUCUUGGAAAGACGAUUGCAUAGAUAUACAUCGAGUAAUUCCAGAUCUUCCAUCGAACGUACACAUUUUCGUUGUCUUUGGCCAAUACAAAAAAAGAUCAAAUUUCAAGUUAAUUAUGGAUACAUUAGAAGUAUUUUGGAUCAUAGCUGAUGAUAACUUAAAAGAAAAAAUUCACGUUGUAAUCGGUGGCAAUUGCAACGAAAAACGACCAGAAGAACUCAUUUAUUACGACGAACUACUAGACGCUAUAAAAGAUAAAAAAUACGGAUCACAAAUUUCAAUAUUAAAACAACUUUCGAUACAACAAAAAAAGACGUUAUUAAAAAAAUGUACGGCUGUGUUGAUACCAACUAAACAUGACCCAUUUCCGGAUACAAUUCUUCAAGCUUUACAUAUGGGGAAAACUAUCAUUGCUACUAACUCAGGGUACGCGAAGUACGCAAUUACACACCGAAUUUCCGGAAUACUCGUUGAUGCUGAUCCACAAAAAUUUGCCGCAGCGAUGAUUAAACUUUGCACUAAUCCCAUGGUGCAUACCUUUAUUUGCGAAAUGGCAGCCGAUGUAUUUCGAAGUCGAUUCUCUUAUCAUUGUAUGGCGAGAAAAAUUAAUAGUGUCGUUGAAAAACAAAUAUCUGAGAGAAAAAAUGUUGUCUUAUAACAAACGAUGUUUGUCCAAAAAUUGUAAAAUUGCAAGAAUAAAUUUAUAAAUGCCUA